AUGCCGACAGACGACGACUAUGGCCGAAGAGAACGUCUCCUGUUGCACCAGCACCCGACCGCUCAGUACGGGCCACCUUCAGUUUCUCCCGUACCAGGUUCCAAUUCCAGUACUUGCAGAUCCUCCGGGAUCCAAACCAGCAGUAGCAACUCCUCGGACUGCUACCAUAAGCACGAAAGCCGAUCUUCCUCAUCAGCAUCUUUGUCAAACCAGAAUCGCUAUCAGGAUCAGCGAUCCCAGACCAAUGAUCACUCCGACUAUGGAUCGCGAGAUCGGUACGAAAAAUCCAAAGAGGAUAUCGGCGACAACCUCUCCAAGUCCUCAGAGUCUCGUUCGAGCCAGUCAAACUGCGAAUACUCAAUCUCGCAAAACCAGGAGAGGUUCCAAACUUCCGGUUCACUUCACAACCACCAGUACUCUGGGAGAUCAUCCUGUCAAACGAUCUCGCAGAACCUCUUGGCCGAACGGUACUCCAGGUAUAGCGAGUCGCCCUCGGUCCACAAUCAGCAGGUUUCAGGAUCCGUUCCGGAGAGAUACAGUCAUUCUGAUUCCGGAUUGGUCUCAUCUGGAACUGGAAACGAGUACGCCAACAGUAGUGUCUUGGUCUCGGCCUCGGGGAACCCAUUUUCUCCAGAUACGUUCCCAUCGCCACCGUCCCCGGCUCCCGCAAACGACCGCUUCGUACCACCACCGCCACUCUCUCCAUGCCCCAGCGAGAAGUAUUCCUCGUCUCAGAGUCUGGCUGGUUACACUCCUGCUGAUAGGGUUCUGCCCUCCAGUUCUCCGAGCCCCAGGGAUCGGUUCGGAACAGCUCCAGCAUCGCCUAUACCUCCAGGAAAGGAUAGAUUCUCAUCUUCAGAGCGACUGCUGGCCUCCUCUGCAUCCAUUCAUGACACAAAGGAUCUACAACGAUACUCAGGAUCAUCCACUGAACGACUACAGUCAUCAGCAUCGCCAGUUCUGGGGAACAUACAAAGCGACAGAUGCCUGUAUGCUUCUGGAAAAGACUCCUCGAAUUCGAAAUAUGGAGAGAGAUUGUCAGAGAGAUUGGUUUCUUCCUCUCCAAUUCAUGCCCCGGUUCCAGAGAGGUUUGCUGGGAAAUCAUCGGACAGGUUCCUGGUGGAAUCUCCGAUUCUUGAGCGAUACCAAAGUUCAACAAAUCAUCGGGGGGAUCGUUUUUCAUCAAUCUCGGCAGUUGCAGAGAGAUUCCUCACGAAUUCUCCAAACCCGGAGGGUGCACACCAGAGGUACUCUUCGAGCGAGAGGAUCUUGGCUAGUUCUGGAGGACCGGAUCAGUCCAGGAGAUAUUCAAGUUCGGAGAGGAGUGUUGAGAAUUCUUGUCAGAAGUACUUGGAGAGACCGAGUUCGUCGCCGGUACCUACGGAGUUUGCCAGCAGAUUUUCGGGGUUCCAGGAUGUCUCAUCAGGACAGCGAUUUGUUGCAUCCAGUGAAAGAUUCAGUGAACUGGCGAUGCAGAGAUUUGGACAGAAUAGGGGUGAUAGAUACUUGGCCAGUGAAAGAUAUCUGGCGUCGAGCUCACCUGCACAUGAUGGCAAGAUUGGAGGUGAAACGAACAGGUUCAUUAUUUUCAGACAUUCCACCUCUUCUUCGACGGACCGACUUUUGGUAUCGUCCUCGCCAUCCUCAUCUGAAACGAGUCGUUACAACCCGUCGUACACCAAUACCAGUAGUGUCCAAUCAGCGGCAGACAGAUACAGUCUCUCUCCCACGCCAGAAAACAAUACAGGUCAUCGAAACUACUCACAGUCCUCAUCCAAAAGCAGCGAAAAAUUCCUCCAAGUCUGCACAAAGUCAGCACAAAGCUACGGGAACGAGCGUUACCAGCUCUCCAAUCAGAACGAACAAUUCGAAAGAUCGACUCAGGAUCGCUAUAGUCUCGAGAGAUACGGUGCCAGUGAUCGGUUUCAAUCCUCCAGUUCUGAUCGAUAUCAUAACUCUGCUGAUCGCUAUUCUCCGGCUCGUACCAACGCCGAUAAGUACCUUUCCCUACCAAAACCGAAGGAAAGGUACCCAACCGGUCGCAUAGCAACUUCCUGCGCUUCAAUCACUUCCGGAUCCUCUGAAAGAAACUAUGGGCCCGGAAGUGGGGCGUAUGUUCCACCCACCGCUCAUACACCCGUUGAAAGAUAUGUGCCACAGCCACCUCCAGAGGUCCUUUAUCCGGAUAGAUACGUAGACCGAUACGUGCCACCGGGUGCUCACACACCAGCGGAUCGUUAUGUCCCGGCGACAGAUCCGGGUGAUCCCUACAUGAGAAGAGAUCUGGGGUUUCAUCAUCAUUAUCGGCUACCACCACCUGGUUACCCUUAUCACCAGACGCAUUUUCGAUUACGAGGUUUCACCUACGCGCCUCCAGGUCGCCUCGGCGGAAGUCCUGGAUCGAGUAGCUCCAGUAGUUCGACUUCCGCUCAGAGAGACGGUUUCUCAACUUCGCCGCUUCUUAGACCCAAAGUGCGCGCAUCCGCGGUCGAAUUUAACGCGAAUCCGAAUCGUCACGUGUGUGCUAAUACUGCUGUUCCCUGCUGCUCCGAGAUCACUUCCGGUCAGAGGGGAUGCUGCCAACCUAUCCGGAGGUCACUGCCACCCGGAGCCCUGCCAUCCAUUCCUGCGCAGUCCGCUCAUUCUUCAUGGCAACCCUCGCCCAGUUCUGGUACCACUGGUACCUCGACCAUCUCCUCAAGUGGGCCCGAUGUUGACAACGAUCAGAACAUUGGGAUGUACAACGUCGGAAGUGCGUCGACGGAAACGUCGACGGUAACACCUGUCGAUAGUUCCCCAUCCCUUCCUCAAAAUACAAUCAGUUCUUCCGGGACAGUCACUUCAACUGGUACAACACCAAACAUCACCAGGAGCAUGUCAGCUCCAACAGGCCAGCGACCAUUGCCACCAGUAACUACUUCUUCCAGUAAUUCUGCCACCAUGGGUCACAGAGCGAGAUUGAGGAGAAAUCCGAGUCGAACGGAUGCCAUUCGAAAUUAUAUAAAGCGAGAAACCGCAAUUUUCUUUGGAAUCGACGAGGAAUCUGAGAAUUCUGAAAGGCAGAGGUGGUUGGAAAGAAGACGGCGGAUGGCAUCCAGACGGUACGGACCUCUUCUUCCGGAACACAAACCACCAGAUCCGGAUAUCACAAAAGACGUACCGGACACUAUGGAAUUACCGGAGUCUGUGACAUUAAGAAGAUGGCAGCAACCUGUGCAAAGGAAAGACUCUGUUGCGAGGAUGACAUUAUCCGGGCUCCAUUAUGUGGUCGAGACACUUACUCGACCACGUCCAAAGGAAAGAACAGAGACUCGUUCGGAAUCGAGAAGUUUUCCACCUGGUGCGUUAUCAUCUAUUCCUCGAGGGGAUGAGAGUUCUUUGCCCCAGGAGGCGAGACUAGAUGAGGAAGAUUCAUUUUUUGAGAGACCUCCACCUCCACCUUCUCCACCCGUGCCUCAGCCAUCACACGUCCAGGUCGAUUCAACAAAGGAUGAAGGAAUUGCUAUCGCAGCUGCAGAACUGCAGGAACCUACAUCUGCAUCUGCAUCUGCACCGGCAACUGAACGUGACACCUCGGAAGAGUUAUUGAGGUUUUCGUUCCAAACUGAUGAGAGAUCGUCAAUCGACGGACAAACAAGAAGGCCUCGAUCUAUUAUGAGGGAUCACUAUACUUCAAGAUCAAGACGUGAGUUUGCAGGUUCCGACGUCGAGGUUCAGCCAAUCGAAGGCGUCACAUUAAGAAAAGAAAUGGGUGGAAAAAGAAUACCACCCGCUACUAUUGACAGAAUUUUUGAUAACAGUAACCGACGAUUAUAUGGCAUGGGAAUCGUUGGCAGGUUUUUUGGGAGAUCAUUUAGGAAAAGUGUAGCACAUAAACCAGACGUGAGGAAACAACUGGACGACUUUGAAGAUCACAGACCAUAUUUCACAUACUGGAUCACCACCGUUCAAGUUUUAAUUUUGAUCAUUUCCCUCGCCUGCUACGGAUUUGGUCCAGUUGGAAUGGAUCUAAGUCAAAAAUCAGGACUGGUACUUGUCACGAGUCUUUCCCUACAACAAGUCGACUACCAGGAACCAGCCAAUUUUUGGAUUGGUCCGAGAGCAGCAGAUUUAAUCCAUCUAGGUGCAAAAUUUGCACCUUGUAUGCGGAGGGACAUCAAAAUUCUCAAAGAAAUCGACGUCUGGAGAGAAAGAGAAAGAGACACUGCCUGCUGUAUCAGAAAUGACGAUUCUGGAUGCGUUCAAUCAAGCAAAGCUGACUGUUCAAAUACAAUAUCGACUUGGAAGAAGUGGGGCCCGGGAGACAAUGGGCCUGGUGGAAGAAUUAGUGGAUCAGUCUGUGGAUUGGAUCCGAAAUUUUGUGAUGCUCCCGCAAGUAUAGCUCCCUAUGAAUGGCCAGAUGACAUCACAAAGUGGCCUAUUUGUCGAAAGACGAAUCCUUUUAGUCAAAGAUUCAGUGGGAAUUUUAAUCAAGAAAGCAAUGGCAAUUUCCCCGUGGGUCGUUACAAAGAUAAGAUGGCAGAGCACAUGGUCUGUGAAGUAAUAGGGCAUCCUUGUUGUAUCGGUAUUCAUGGAAUGUGUAGGAUCACAACAAAAGAAUAUUGCGAUUUUGUUCACGGCUAUUUCCAUGAGGAAGCUUCCCUUUGUUCCCAAGUCGAGUGUCUCCAUGACGUUUGCGGAAUGAUUCCCUUCCUACAUCCUGAAUGGCCGGAUCAAUUUUACAGACUUUUUACUACAACUUUUCUUCAUGCUGGAAUUAUCCAUCUCGCUAUCACCCUAUUCGUUCAAUACUUUUUAAUGAGGGAUUUGGAAAAAUUGACUGGUUCUCUACGCAUAGCUCUGAUCUACUUCAUUGGCGCAUUGGCUGGGAAUUUGGCUAGUGCAAUAUUCAUUCCCUAUAGAGCUGAGGUGGGACCAGCAGGUGCACAUUUUGCUCUUCUGGCAACGCAGAUAGUCGAGGUUCUCCACUGUUGGCCGAUGCUGAAAUAUCCAAGAAGGGCCAUUUUCAAACUGAUGAUGAUCCUCGUGGUCCUCUUGAUGUUGGGAGUUUUACCUUGGGUGGACAACUACGCUCAUCUCUUCGGCUUCAUCUUUGGUUUCCUCGCCGCCUACGCCUUCAUGCCAUUCAUCUCCUUCGGCCACUACGACCGUCGUCGAAAAGUCCUCCUCAUCUGGGUCUGCACAGUCCUCAUUGUAGGUCUAUUUACCCUGCUCCUCGCCUUGUUCUACAACAUUCCAGUCUACGAGUGCGAAGUCUGCAAACUGUUCAACUGCAUUCCCUUCACUCGCGAUUUCUGUGCCUCGCAGAAUAUUAAUUUCAAAAGGGAGGAACCUGUAUGACACACGGGGCCGCGGUUCCCAGUCGAGCGCGAAGUACCGUUCGGCCCCCAAAUCAGCGCUCGUUUUUACACCCUGAACGAAAAAGCCCACCUGGAAAUGGACAUCCUGGCAAUUCUGGCAUUCUGGCAAUGGAAAUUUGGAUCGAGACAGGAGAGCCGUCCGAUUUAGAUGAAGAGACUUGCUUCCUCAAAUUAGAGGAUCGCUAUUUUCGUAACUCAAGAAAACGACGCCUUCGAAUCGCUGGAUGAUAAAAGGACAAGGACAAGAGAAGAUACAAAAGGUAUCCGCUUCUAUCUUUCUCGCUACUGCCAAAUAAAAAGAACUCUUGUUCGCCGACUGACGGCAAAUAGCAAUGCCUUAAAAUUAAACGAUCGUCGCGAAUUCCGCGGAAGGGAAUUCCGAGAACUUGAUUAGCGAAAGUCAGAGAAAUUUGUAAAUAUUAGGUAUUCAUUAAUGAAGCAUCACUGAAUCACUUUGAUUCUCGGAGGCAGUUUCUUAAUAUUAUCCUCAUCGUGAAUCCUUUUCAAUCCUUCGUCAUCGAGAUAUAUAAGUCCGAAGCGGAAGUUGGGAAGAUGGUCCCUCUGCUCGUGUUAAUAAAUCUAAAGUUGUACAUAAAAAAUAAAGCAGCGACUCUUGUUACAUAAUUUGUGAAAACGACCUUAAUAAGCUAGGUUUAGACAACAUUUCGAAAGUGUUUGCAUUAUUUUCCACGUCUCGUGUCGUCCUAAGAACGGCUCAGGCGUCUUCGAAAUUUAAGGUCUGCAUCAUGUAUGUAUAUCCUUUUGAUUACUCCAGUAAGUGCGAAACAAAGAAGCGAUCUUUCAGAUUGUGAUCGCGAGUUGGUGCUUUCAUUUGGAACGAAUUUUUUUAUUAAAAAAACGCGAGAACAAAAGACACAAAUAUAUCAGAACUCUUAAUCAAUUUUUCUGCGAUUGUAUAUAAUAGACUGUCACGAAUGACACACGUGGUAGGUCGACUUGUAGGUACCACGCACAUACGCAAAGUCAUUUAAGAAUUCUAAGAGUAAAAUUAUCAUAACGUCGUGAAUGUGUAUUUUAUUAUAAUGGGUAACGGACAAAGUGGAAACGUACCGUUCGUUUAUCGAAUCGUCUAAGUCGUAACAUAUGAGGAACGAGUUUUUCAAACGUACGAGAGAGAAAAAUUAUGUGCCACGAAGAGAGAUUAUGAAUUCGUCGGAAAGUCCGAUGUUAGCGUUAUGAUAAUAUUCUUUCAGGGUGGCCACUAGACCGGAAAAGCCAGGAAAUGAUUGGGAAUUUGUUUAGAUCUGGAAAAAACCGGGUCAUGAUCCAAAAUUUUGUUUGAUUUUCAAUAAAGAACCUUUAAAGUUUAUAAAAUAA